UGAAAACCCGUCGUUCUAGUGACAGACCUGGAGCAGGUGGUUGUCAGCAGUAGCAGAUCUGUGAGUGACAGCGGAAGCUGAGAUCAGCAGUGAGUACUGUCUGUGAGUGCAGAGGUUGCUGCAGCCGAGGAGUGUACUGAUUCCAGGGAUCUGUGCUGGAGACUCUACACAUCGAGGAUCACCCCAGGGGAUCUACUACUGUCCCACUACCUCCUCCUGCUGCCACUGCAAGACACACUGAGCUGUGGAUAUGUCCUUCCUAUUCAACUGGAUCUCCAGUGGGUUCAGCAGCGUGCUUCAGUUUUUAGGUUUUUACAAGAAAAGUGGAAAAUUAGUAUUUUUAGGAUUGGACAAUGCUGGAAAAACCACAUUGCUACAGAUGCUCAAAGAUGGACGAAUGGGCCAAUACGUUCCUACGCUGCAUCCCACAUCCGAAGAAUUAACAAUAGCUGACAUGACAUUCACAACAUUCGACCUAGGUGGACAUGUCCAAGCUCGCAGAGUGUGGAAAAACUACCUCCCUGCCAUAAACGGCAUUGUCUAUCUCAUUGACUGUGCUGACCAUGAGCGGCUGGCUGAAGCUAAGGCAGAGCUUGAUGAGUUAUUGGCAGAUGAAACGAUUGCCAGUGUUCCAAUCCUAUUGCUCGGCAAUAAGAUUGAUAGACCAGAGGCCAUCAGUGAGGAGAGGCUUUUGCACACAUUUGGAAUUUAUGGUCACACAACGGGGAAGGGGAAAGUGCCUCCAAAGCAGCUGACCUCUAGACCACUGGAAGUGUUUAUGUGCAGCAUACUGAAGAGACAAGGCUACGGGGAAGGAUUCCGCUGGCUGUCACAGUACAUUAAUUGAUGGAGGAAAAUCCCUUUAUAUUUUAUAUCCUCUUUUAUUUCAUUGCUCAAAUUUUAUCAUUUGAAUUUAAUUGAUAAACUGGUUAAAGUGCCAAUUCAGCUAGACAUGAAUAAAAGUGCAAUACUG